CAAGUAGACGGCACAUAUCGACCAGCUCGAAGUCUAUCAUCUCAGUCCCUUGCUGCACGGGAUGCAAAGUUUACCCCGCCAAGUGCCCAGUCCACGCUCGAUAAUGAUAUUAUUGCAGCAAAUCCUCGACACUCUUCCAAGUUCCAACAUCGUGGAAAAGGGCGCAAAUGAUGAGCGAUCGCGAUUCUGGACGGUAUACCAAAAGGUCGCAUCACAACACGACAAUGAGUUUUUGGAGCAAUAUGAUGGUGACAUGGAUAUCGUCUUGAUCUUUUCAAGUCGUAAGCCCACACGUGAAAUCGAACGUUCCUGGUAACGUCGGUGACUCCAGCUGGUGCACCGGUGAUGGAUGUCGAUGAGAUCUUUAAAAAGACCUGGCUGUGAGCAGAAGUUAUUUGAGGGAUAACGAAUGCGCAGAUGAUUAUAGCUGUCGGUUCUGAAGUUUUAUAAGGUAGGUGCAUUAUAUACAUUCAGUGUUGCUGCUCCUUUGCAAUGUGCAUGCCGUAGUCAAAACCCAUUCUCAUUCUCA